CCCCCUCUCCCCUUUUCCCGGUGCACCCCCCGUAUCCCGGUGCCCCCUCGAUGCCCCCCUGGGCAGGAGCCACGAUGGGAGCAUCCGUGGGCUGAGCCCCCCCAAGGCCCCGCAGCGACGCCUGGACGGGACCAACAUGGAGCCCUGAGCUGAGGCGUGGCGGGCGAUGGCGUGGCUGCUGGUGGCCGCGGCGCUGGCGCUGUGCGUGGCGCGGGGUUCGCGGUGCCCUCCGCGGUGCCUGUGCCCGGCAGCAGCGCCCAACCCCACGUUGCUUUGCGCCCGCACGGGGCUGUUGGCGGUGCCGCCCAGCCUGGACCGCGGCGCGGUGGAGCUUCGCUUGGCCGACAACUUCAUCGGCGCUGUUGGCCGCGCCGACUUCGCCAACAUGAGCAGUUUGGUCCACUUGACGCUCUCGCGCAACGGGUUGCGCCGGUUGGCGCCCGGCGCCUUCGCCGACCUGCGGGCGCUGCGGGCGCUUCACCUCGACGGCAACCGUCUGCCGGCGCUGAGCGGCGCGCAGCUGCGCGGCUUGGCCAGCCUGCGCCACCUCAUCCUGGCCAACAACCAACUGGCGGCCAUCGAACCGGCCGCCUUCGCCGCCUUCGCCGCCACCGUGGAAGACCUCGACCUCUCGCACAACAACCUGCCGGCGUUGCCGUGGGACGCCGUAGCCGCCAUGGCCAGCUUGGCCACGCUCACCUUGGACCACAACCUACUGGAGCGCGUGCCGGCGGGUGCCGUGGCGCGUUUGCCACGCCUGGCGCGGUUGGAUCUCACCGCUAACCGCUUACGGGCGUUACCGCCGGUGCCGGGCCCGCCGGGGCCCAGCUUGGCGGCGGGCGGGAACCCGCUGCAUUGCAACUGUGAGCUCCUCUGGCUGCGGCGUUUGGCACAACCGGGACGGUUGGAGAGUUGUGCGUCGCCGCCGCCGCUCGCCGGACGCUUGCUUUGGGCCGUGCCGGAGGAAGAGCUGGCGUGCCGCGCUCCUGCCAUCGCCGGAGCGGCCGCCGACCCCGCCGCCGUCUUAGAAGGCCAACCUUUACGGUUGGGUUGCGCUGCAGCCGGCGAUCCGCCGCCGGCAUUGCAUUGGUUGGGGCCGGAUGGGCGGUUGGUUCAAAAUGGUUCUCGGCGUGCGGUGAAGCCGGACGGAUCCUUAGAGCUGCGCGUGGCCACGUUGGGCGAUCACGGCGCUUUCACUUGCGUUGCGUCCAACGCCGCCGGAGAGGCGGCCGCACGCGUCGAGGUGGCGGUUCUGCCAUUGCCGGUACCGCACGGCGAUGAGGACGCUGAGGACGCCGUGCCGGGGCCGUCGGAUAUGGCGAGCGGAGGGAAUGAGACGCGGGCGGCAGCGAACGGAGGUGAACGGAGGGCGGUGGCGGCAGAGUUGGCCGGCGGUGAAGCCAGAAUCCGGUGGGUGCCGCAACGCCACGGCCCCGGCAUCCGCGGCUUCCAAGUGCGCUACAACAGCUCUCUCGACGACGGCCACGUCUACAGGCUGUUGCCGCCGUCGAGCCGCAGUUUCGUCCUGCGCGACGUCGCGUCGGGGCGUCGCUACGAGGUUUGUGUGGCGGCGUUGGUGGCAGUCGGGCCUUCGGCGUCGCCGGUCGCCCGUGCCGUGGGUUGCGUCUCGUUUACGGCAUCAUCAUCGUCACCGUCAUCUUGCGGCAAAGCUUUGGCCACCCCCCAUUUUUUAGGGGGCACCGUCAUCAUCGUCAUCGGCGCCGCCAUCGCUGCCUCCGUCCUCGUCUUCAUCCUCAUCCUCACCGCACGCUACAAAGCCGCCGGCGCCGCUCGCCGCUCGCCACCCGCCGUGGUCGAUGUUUGCUCCCAAACCAACGGCGCUCGGCGAAGCCCCAACGCUGAAGCAUCCACGGGCGCCUUCCCCCCCCCAACGGCACCUAUAGGCGCCGUUGGGGGGGGGAAGGCGCCCAUGGGUGCCGCGGCGUUGUUUCCGAGCCACAGUUAUCCCCGGCGCGCCCGGACUCGCCGUCACGGCUCGUUACCGCGCCUCGACCUCCCCGAAGGGACCCCGGCGCUGCGCCCGUCCUUCGGUAGCACCCAUUGGAUGCUCGAGAGCACCGUCUGAGGGGGGGGA